AUGUCAGAGGACAAGGUCACCUGGCCCUUGCUGUUCACCGUCUUCACUGUCUCCUUGAGCUCCUUCCAGUUUGGAUAUGACAUUGGUGUGAUCAAUGCCCCGCAACAGAUUAUAGUAUCCCAUUAUAGACACGUGCUUGGUGUUCUGGAUGACCGAAAAGCUAUCAACAACUAUGUGACAAACAGUACAGAUGAACUGUCCACCGUUCCGCUCUCAAUGAACCCAGCACCUACCCCUGGGAUCCAGGAAGGGAGUGUGGUGUCUGAAGGCGUGAUCACCAUGCUCUGGUCCCUGUCUGUAUCCAGCUUUGCAGUUGGUGGAAUGUUAGCCUCAUGCUUUGGUGGGAAGCUCGGAGACACCUUUGGAAGAAUCAGAGCUUUGCAAGGAGCAAACAUUCUGUCAUUAAUUGGAGCCCUGUUGAUGGGAUUUUCAAAACUGGGACCAUCUCACAUUCUUAUCAUUUCAGGAAGAAGUGUAUCAGGACUCUACUGUGGGCUGAUUUCAGGCCUGGUUCCCAUGUACAUUGGUGAGAUUGCUCCAACCUCACUCAGAGGUGCCCUGGGUACUUUUCACCAGUUGGCCAUUGUCACGGGUAUUCUGUUCAGUCAGAUUGUUGGCCUUGAGUCCAUCCUGGGCAACCAGGAUCAGUGGCACAUCCUGCUUGGCCUGUCUGCGGUGCGAGCUGUCCUCCAGUUUGUGCUACUCUGCUUCUGUCCGGAGAGUCCCAGGUACCUUUACAUCAGCUUGGAAAAGGAGGACGAAGCGCGGAAAAGCUUGAAAAGACUCCGAGGAUGUGAGGAUGUCACCAAAGACAUUACAGAGAUAAAAAAAGAAAAGGAAGAAGCAUCAAGUGAAAAGAAAAUCACCGUAAAACAGCUCUUCACAAAUCCCAGCUACCGAAAAGCCAUUCUAGUAGCAUUGAUGCUUCAUAUGGCCCAGCAAUUUUCUGGAAUCAAUGGGAUCUUUUACUACUCAACUGGCAUUUUCCAGGUAGCUGGGAUUAGCAAACCUGUUUUUGCAACCAUUGGAGUUGGCUUUGUCAAUCUGGUUUUUACUAUUGUCUCCGUUUUCCUUGUGGAGAAGGCAGGGAGGCGCUCUCUGUUUCUCUUUGGAAUGAGUGGGAUGUUCCUCUGCGCCAUCUUCAUGUCGGUGGGACUUGUGUUACUGGAUAAACUGGCGUGGAUGAGUUACGUGAGCAUGGUCGCUAUCUUCCUCUUCGUCAGCUUCUUUGAGAUCGGACCGGGCCCUAUCCCGUGGUUCAUGGUGGCCGAGCUGUUCAGUCAAGGAUCUCGUCCCAAUGCGUUGGCAAUAGGCGCACUUAGUAACUGGCUCUGCAAUUUCCUCAUAGCUGUGUUAUUCCAGUACAUCGCGGAUUUCUGUGGACCAUAUGUGUUUUUCCUCUUUGCUGGAGUGAUCCUGGGUUUCACCCUGUUCAUAUACUUCAAAGUUCCAGAAACCAAAGGGAAGUCCUAUGAAGAAAUCUCAGCGUAUUUCCAGAAGAAGAAGAAGAAGAAGGGUGGUUCAUCUGAAAGACCAAAGGCUGAAGUAGAAAUGGAAUUCCUGGGGCCUACAGACACUGUGUGA